AUGGAGCAUAAACUAGCGACUGCUGAGAGAAAAGUGCUAGUAGACCUUGUGAAGAUAGUGCAGAAACGAGGUUUAGAAGGCGAAAACGGAGGAUGGAAGGAAUUUCUAAAUUUCUACGACAAGAAAAUCGGUUCGAGUUUGAGUGAUCCUUCGAGACGUUCCAAUGAUGUUUUGGUCGCUUUUCUUACUACAUUCAAAAAGAAAGAAGAUUUGCAGCUAUUUGCUAGGGUUCUGCAAUGUGAUACUAAUCGUAAUCUGAUUGAGAAAUUCAAGCAAGAAUCUCCGGAUAAAGAGACUCCUGAGCAGAGGCUAGUUCGAAUGACUAUUGCGCAUCGCGAGUACCCAAUAGACUAUUCGUUCCCCUCCUAUGCCGAGGAUUGGUUUGUAUCGGAGAUGGGAAAGAAGAAGUCAAAAGUGAUGAAAUCGACCAGAAUGCUUGCUAUUGAUUGUGAGAUGGUUCGCUGUGAAGAUGGGAGCGAAGCUGUAGUUAGAGUUGGCGCAGUGGACCGUGAUUUAAACGUGGUUCUUGACAAAUUCGUGAAACCGAGCAAACUAGUUGUUGACUACAAGACAGAGAUCACUGGAGUUACUGCUGAGGAUCUUGAGAAAGCUACUCUAUCUGUUGCAGAUAUACAGAAAAAACUACGGAGGUUUCUUUCUAAGGGAACUAUUAUGGUAGGUCACAGUUUGAACAAUGAUCUUAAUGUUCUGAAGAUAGAUCAUGCGAGAGUAAUAGAUACCUCGAUGGUAUUCAAGUAUGACGGUGCACCUACUUCUAGAAGACCUUCUUUGAAUAAUCUAUGCAAGUCUAUUUUGGGUCAUGAAGUGCGGAAGGAAGGUGCUGCUCACCAUUGCGUUCAUGACGCAGCAGCUGCUAUGAAACUUGUACUUGCUGUUGUGGAAAAAGGAAUAGACACCACGAUUGCACAAUCUGUAGAGAUGAUGGAGGCUGAGAAGACAAGACUGGAAGGGGAGACAGCAAAACUUCUCCUUCAUAGAAUCCCUCACAAUGUUCCCUCUCAAGAAUUACAAGGAGUUAUUACCGGGGAUUUCACUGUCGAAGUUAAGCCACCAAAAAGAGAAGGAGGUUUUUAUACCGCAGUCAUUACUUUUAAUAGUCCAGAUGAAGCAAAUCAAGCAUUUGAAAAAGUUGAUGGAGACUUAGUUAAGGAUAGAGUGGGUUUGCCACAAAAAUUGGUUGUGUUUAAGCUGAGUUCUGGAUUGGGAGCUAGUUUAUACGUUCGUAAAAUGGUUGAAGAUGGUGACGAAAACUCUGCAAAGAAGAGAAGUAACACAGAGGAGAAUAAUGUCUCUUCUAAGAGACAGAAGAGAGAAGAAGUAAAUGUAACCCAUCCCAACACAGAGAGCCUCUGCGUAGAUCAUUUAAAGGAAAUUGAAGAACUGAAGCUGAAACUCAAAGCUAAGGAAGUUGAGGUUCAGGCUCAGGAUACGAUUAUAGCUAAACUCAAAAAGAAACUGAAGAAACAGUCAAAGGAUCGGUCAUGA